UCAUUGAUCUGAGCAACGAGAACAGUGACCAAAUAAAAGAGCUAAUUUUAUUAUCUAAACUCUUUGAGGCAUUAUGUCGAACACCAAGCAGACGUUCAAUGCCGGCAAGGCCCAUGGAGAGGGCCAGGCAAAGGGGGAGCAAUGGGUGCAAUCAGCGAAGGACACGGCACACUCCAUCCAGAACUCGGACACUGCUCAGCAAAUGCGCGAGUCCAAGGACCAAGCCGCCGGUUUUCUUCAGCAGACUGGAGAGCAUGUGAUGCAAAUGGCACAUGAUGCUGCGGAUGCAGUGAAGAAUGCUGUUGGAAUGGGACCAAACAAUUCAGGAACUACUACAACAACUACCACCACACACUCUACUCACAAGGCUUAAACAACCUCAACCUCUACUACUACUACUACUUCAACUUGCUGUCUUUUGCCUUAUUUAUGGUUCUUGUUUUGGUUUUCUUUUUUUUUAUUUAUUUAUUAUGACAAUAAGUGCUUCACCACAACUUUAGAGGUGUGUGCUACCUAUUUAUUAUUAUUAUUUAUUCUUUUCUUUUUGAAGGUUUUGGCAUUAUUUAAUUUUUUUUAUUAUUGUACUGUGCCUUCUUUGAUGGCCUCUUAUAAUUUGGUG